CCAUUCCGCUUCUUCGAGGAUGGCAAAACGGGCUACCUUGUCGUGGAGUACGUACGUGGGACUGUUCUUGACUCCCCUAUAGACGACAGACAAUACGCAAAAAUAGGCAAGGCACUUCAGCAUUUGUCUACCUUUCGACGUGCCAAUCCGGGUCCUCUUGGUGGGAGAUUAUCACGUGGCCUACUUUGGAGCGAGGGCAUGGUAAUGGAGUUUGACCUUACCUCCCCAAGACGGCUUGAACAUUGGUUUUGUAGGCGUCUUCCAGCCGGCAGCGAUCCCAUAUCAUUUUCGCAUUGCGAUUUUGUGAUGUGCCAUCUGGACGUUGCGCCGCGGAAUAUUGUCUGGAUGGAUGAUGAUAUCCCCUGCUUUGUUGAUUGGGCAUCAGGGGGAUACUACCCUCGGGUCUUCGAGUGGUGUACCCUUGAAGUUAUGCGUGGCAGGGAUGGCGAGUUCCAGGAGAAGGUACAGAAGAUGUUAGAGCCGUUAACGGAAUGGGAGAUGGAUGCGCGGCGCUUGGUAGUGAAGGCUUGGGGGAAUAGUGUGAGGUAUCACUACCCACCAACACCUCCAGAUACAAGUGAUUGAUGGAUUUUGCAUUGCGAUAAAGUAGGAUGUGAGAUAGUGAAUAUGUUAAUCUAGUGUCAUUGCUUCCCUCGGGAAGAUUACUAUUUGAAAAACUAAGAGCCUGAUAAAGAGCUUUGCUGGAG